AUGCCAUUUACGCCCGACUCGGACUUGGAGCUGAGCUUCCCCGCAGAGCUGAUCCCGACGGACUUGAAUGACCGGCUCGCGCAGCACAAUUUGCAUAUCCGACCGCUCGCUUCGUCUGACCAUGGCCGCGGUCACAUCCGAGUGCUUGCUUCGCUGACGUCCGUAGCUGAUCCAGGCGAGAAGGCAUGGCGGGAACGCUUCUAUGAGCUAGCCAAGUCAAACACGUCCGCGAGCAAGUACUACAUUUGUGUCAUUGUAUCAAAAGAGACGGAUGAGCUUGUUGCUACGGGCACUGUGUUUUUGGAGCCCAAGUUUUUGCGCUCGCUCGCGACGGCGGGCCACAUUGAGGAUAUCGCCGUGGACACAUCGAUGCAGGGUCGGGGUCUGGGCAAGAUCCUUAUCAGUGCACUGACGACGCUGAGUGAGAAGGCCGGUGCGUACAAGACGCUGCUGGACUGCAGCGACGACAAUGUGCCUUUCUACAAAAAAUGUGGUUACGACGUCAAAGGCCUUCAGAUGAGCAAGUAUACAUAG